UACCGUGGAAGGCGUGGACUUUGUCGGAUUCGCCGCGUCGACGGCGCCGCCGCCCGGGGUUGACACCUUAAAGGAGAAUCCCCGAGUCUUAACUCGGAUGGCCCAGCCCUAUGCGUUGUGUAUCUGUUUAUAGGCCCCUCCUUAGUCGUAGACCCCCAGGUUUUGAACAAUUGUAUAAAGCAGCUUUCUUCGACCGUCUCUGUUCGUGAUCUUGACUCUAUUCUCCAGCCUCCGCACUCAUCCUCUCACCGGACCACCUUCGUUUUACACAACAUCAAAGGCACACUUGUAAGGGCCAUCACUGUCUUUCCAGAAGCUCGAGAAAUCCCAAAACUUCCCAACGCUCUUUGUUUCUCAAGAACCCCAUAUCUCUCCCCAAAGACUCAUACAAGAUGCGCGCCUCAGCAGUCCUCGCCGCAACCUGCGCCAUGUCCGUCACCGGUGCCGCCGUCCCCCGCGACGCCGCUCCCGCAGCCCACCCCUGGCUCGCCCCCGACGUCGCCGGCGGCGCCGUCCGCGGUCCUUGCCCGAUGCUCAACUCCCUCGCCAACCACGGCUACCUCGCCCGCGACGGCAAGUCCAUCUCCAUGCAGGACCUCAUCGCCGGCCUCGGCUCCGCCCUGCACUUCAACGAGUCCCUCGUCCGCACCCUCGGCACGCCCGCCUUUGCCACCUCCACCACCGGCAACGCGAGCACCUUCAACCUCGACGAUAUCGCCAAGCACAACGUCAUCGAGCACGACGGCAGUCUCUCCCGCGCCGACUUUGCUGUGACGGGCGACGCAAAGACGUUCAACACGACGGUCUGGGCCGAGACCAAGGGCUACCUCGAGUCCGGUGCCGUUGCCUCCGACAACAAGGUCGGCGUCGCGACCAUGGCUUCCGCGCGCAGCAAGCGCAUCGCCACCGCAAAGGCGACGAACCCGUCCUUCAACUUGACGACCAGCCAGGUCACCGUUUCUCUGGGCGAGUCUGCCGUCAUCCUCGGCACCCUUGGCCAGAGCUACACCGCGCCUGCUGCGCCGGUCGAGUGGUUGAAGGUUGUCUUUGAGGAGGAACGUCUGCCGUUCAACGAGGGGUGGAACACCUCUGCUGAUGUGAUUACUACCGCCCAGGUCCUGGGUCUGUCGCAGCUUAUUGCUACCAGCAGCAGCUAAGCGUGGGUUUGUCUGGUGCUUGGGUUUAGAAUAGAAAUAAAAUGCGUCAUGUUUAACGAUUUCAAGUCAAUGUCCCAAAGUAGUGAUAUCGCCG